AUUCGAAGCUCUCUGAACAAGUCUGAAUCAAUUAUCAUCAACACUCUUCAUGUCAUUAUUUCGCAUACUGCACUAACACUCACUUUUGCGAUUUUGAUGUUUAGCGAAUGAGUGUUUUUUCUUGACUUUUUACUCAUCAUGGCAACAUCCACAGCCUAUCCACGCAGUGGCUCCCCAUCACAAACCAAACGACACACAAAUGCAAAGACACAUCCUCCCGCGACAGUCCUUCUAAUAUACCCUCUCACCCUAAUCCUUGGAUCGAUAUACUCUGUCAUCUCCCCAACAGCGCGUUCGUCUCAGAACUUCGGAUCAUCCAGUUCCCUCACCCCAACCAUAGCAACGGACAUCAACCUCCCAACCUCCCAACGACAACACCGUCCCAACCCCGUAAACUACUUCGCACGGAAGAACAACAUCUUCAACCUCUACUUUGUCAAAAUCGGGUGGGUAUGGAUCACAUUCGCAUUCCUGUCCUUACUCCUGACGCGACCGUACUACACCAAAGCGCCGGGAAACCUGCGCGGAAAACGAUCCGUUCAAGCUCUACUUCGAUAUGCGAUUGUGACUUGUGCCUGGUUCCUGACGACACAGUGGUUCUUUGGUCCUGCGAUUAUCGAUCGUACCUUUGUGAUUACGGGUGGGAAAUGUGAGCGGUUACCUGCCGCCAUGGCUAAUGCGGAUGAUAAUACUGCCUGGGAAGAUCUCAAGGUUGUUUUCACGGCGGCUGCAUGUAAGGCUUCGGGUGGGUUGUGGAAGGGUGGUCAUGAUGUGAGUGGGCAUGUGUUUAUGCUUGUUUUGGGAAGUGCGUUUUUGGCAUUAGAGGUUUUGGGGACGUCGCAGUCGGUGUCGAAUGGAACGGCAGAGAAUAGUCAAGUUCAUGAUAAAUGUGAGUCGGAUGGCGAGUAUACGGUGGUGAAUGAGCAUAGCUCCACUGAUCCGGUUGCGAGAUAUUCUACCAAGUUCGUCUGGGUUGUAAUUGGAUUGAGUUGGUGGAUGCUCUUUAUGACUGCGAUAUGGUUUCAUACAUGGUUGGAGAAGCUAUCCGGACUUCUGAUCUCCGUUUCCGUUGUGUAUAUUACAUAUUUCCUUCCUCGGAGUCUUCCAGCGUGGGCGGAUAUUAUCGGCAUUCCAGGGUUUGAGCCUGCUGUGCGUAUAGAAUGAGAAGCUAUACUAUUUAGCAUUUGUUUUCCCUCUUGCGUUUGUAUUAAUAUAAUGGUGUCUCUACUGACUAGUAUAUAUAA